AUGGGUACCUUGGGUUCAUUUAACUUUUCUUGCUUUUUGCGUUCGCUCAGCAGCAACGUAUUUGUAGCCGCCAGCGAUGUGCUCGAGCUCGGGGAUUCUGAUUUCGAUUACACGGUAGCAGAGUACGAGACUGUGCUGGUGGAGUUCUUCGCCCCUUGGUAAGCAAUGUUAUAGCUAGCUUUGUAGCUAAUUCAUUAGCAUGCACGAACGACAGCCAUCUAAAGAUGUAUAGUAAAUACAAACUAAUUCCUGAUUUUAGUAUCGAUUAACCGCACACUGUUGUAGAUUUAACUAUUUGCAUUUAGAACUGUGCAGCUUUUGUUAGUUUUAUCGGCUAACGUUAGCGGUCUUCCACUCUAGCUCGCUAUCUUGACCCAAUGUGUCUGCUCAAUUCAAACUAUAACAGUGUUUCAUUAUUAUUUUCGUCAUAAACAGUGCAUACUAAUUCUAGCUGGAUUAAUCGUGUUAGCUAUUAAACUACCAGUUCACUUCUGAGAGUGAUCUGACACUGAAAUCAUGUUAGCUAUAAUUGGAGUCGUGACUUGAGUCGGUUCAUUCUGGUCUGACAUCAUAUUUGAGUACUGGAUUAUGGCUAGGCUAGGUCUCUUUAACACUGUUCUGAGUCACCAGAUAUCUCAACUGUCACACUAUUGCCUCUCUUUAGCAUUUUUCCCAUGUGACAUUUUAUAAUUCUCUUCCUUUUCUUUGUACGGCUCCUCCCUUCCAUCUCAUCUCUUUCAGGUGUGGUCACUGCCAGCAACUAGCCCCAGAAUAUGAAACGGCAGCAACAAAACUAAAAGGGAAAGUGUCUUUAGCUAAAGUGAGUAUACUAGUUUGUCCACACACGAUACCUCAGAGGAUGCAUUGUAUUUCCUUGCAUCCAGAUUAGUUACAAUCCAUUUGUUCAAAAUGUGUACCUUUACCCUUUAUUUUUUCGCCAGUUUUUGUUCCACAGGAUGGGUAUUGCGUUAAAAUUUUGGGGUCAACUGUCCAUGAUAGCUGUGUCGCUUCCCUUUUAUAUUUGUUGGUGAAAUGAGAUCAGUUCACACAGUAGCUUUAACAUAAGGGCUGCCUCUGCCUCUGCAUACCGCCAUUGUGAAUGCACUGCUAUUAAACAGUCUUUUGCUAAAUUGAUCAAUGGUUUCUGUCAUUUUCCCCAGGUAGACUGCACGGUGAACUCUGAGACAUGCGGACGUUUUGGGGUAAAUGGGUACCCCACACUCAAAAUCUUCCGCAAUGGAGAGGACUCUGCUGCUUAUGAUGGACCCAGGAGUGCAGGUGGCAAAAUCAUUGCUGUUAUGGUUUGUGUCUCUUACAGUGGGGAGAACAAGUAUUUGAUACACUGCCGAUUUUGCAGGUUUUCCUACUUACAAAGCAUGUAGAGGUCUGUAAUUUUUAUCAUAGGUACACUUCAACUGUGAGACGGAAUCUAAAACAAAAAUCCAGAAAAUCACAUUGUAUGAUUUUUAAGUAAUUAAUUUGCAUUUUAUUGCAUGACAUAAGUAUUUGAUCACCUACCAACCAGUAAGAAUUCCGGCUCUCACAGACCUGUUAGUUUUUCUUUAAGAAGCCCUCCUGUUCUCCACUCAUUACCUGUAUUAACUGCACCUGUUUGAACUUGUUACCUGUAUAAAAGACACCUGUCCACACACUCAAUCAGACAGACUCCAACCUCUCCACAAUGGCCAAGACCAGAGAGCUGUGUAAGGACAUCAGGGAUGAAAUUGUAGACCUGCACAAGGCUGGGAUGGGCUACAGGACAAUAGGCAAGCAGCUUGGUGAAAAGGCAACAACUGUUGGCGCAAUUAUUAGAAAAUGGAAGAAGUUCAAGAUGACGGUCAAUCACCCUCGGUCUGGGGCUCCAUGCAAGAUCUCACCUCGUGGGGCAUCAAUGAUCAUGAGGAAGGUGAGGGAUCAGCCCAGAACUACAUGACAGGACCUGGUCAAUGACCUGAAGAGAGCUGGGACCACAGUCUCAAAGAAAACCAUUAGUAACACACUACGCCGUCAUGGAUUAAAAUCCUGCAGCGCACGCAAGGUCCCCCUGCUCAAGCCAGCGCAUGUCCAGGCCCGUCUGAAGUUUGCCAAUGACCAUCUGGAUGAUCCAGAGGAGGAAUGGGAGAAGGUCAUGUGGUCUGAUGAGACAAAAAUAGAGCUUUUUGGUCUAAACUCCACUCGCCGUGUUUGGAGGAAGAAGAAGGAUGAGUACAACCCCAAGAACACCAUCCCAACCGUGAAGCAUGGCUCUCCGUAGCCGAUGUGAGUAAGACUUUUAAGCAGGUCAACAUUCACAAGGCCGCAGGGCCAGACGGAUUACCAGGACGUGUACUCCGAGCAUGUGCUGACCAACUGGCAAGUGUCUUCACUGACAUUUUCAACAUGUCCCUGACUGAGUCUGUAAUACCAACAUGUUUCAAGCAGACCACCAUAGUCCCCGUGCCCAAGAACUCUAAGAUAACCUGCCUAAAUGACUACCGACCCGUAGCACUGACGUCUGUAGCCAUGAAGUGCUUUGAAAGACUGGUCAUGGCUCACAUCAACAGCAUAAUCCCAGAAACCCUAGACCCACUCCAAUUUGCAUACCGCCCCAACAAAUCCACAGAUGAUGCAAUCUCUAUCGCACUCCACACUGCCCUUUCCCACCUGGACAAGAGGAACACCUACGUGAGAAUGCUAUUCAUUGACUACAGCUCAGCAUUCAACACCAUAGUGCCCUCUAAGCUCAUCACUAAGCUAAGGAUCCUGGGACUAAACACCUCCCUCUGCAACUGGAUCCUGGACUUCCUGACGGGCCGCCCCCAGGUGGUAAGGGUAGGUAACAACACAUCUGCCACACUGAUCCUCAACACGGGGGCCCCUCAGGGGUGCGUGCUCAGUCCCCUCCUGUACUCUCUGUUCACCCAUGACUGCAUGGCCAGGCACGACUCCAACACCAUCAUUAAGUUUGCCGACGACACAACAGUGGUAGGCCUGAUCACCGACAACGAUGAGACAGCCUAUAGGGAGGAGGUCAGAGAUCUGGCCGUGUGGUGCCAGGACAACAACCUCUCCCUCAACGUGACCAAGACAAAGGAGAUGAUUGUGGACUACAGGAAAAAAAAGAGGACUGAGCACGCCCCCAUUCUCAUCGACGGGGCUGUAGUGGAACAGGUUGAGAGCUUCAAGUUCCUUGGUGUCCACAUCACCAACGAACUAUCAUGGUCCAAACACACCAAGACAGUCGUGAAGAGGGCACGACAAAGCCUAUUCCCCCUCAGGAGACUAAAAAGAUUUGGCAUGGGUCCUCAGAUCCUCAAACAAUUCUACAGCUGCACCAUCGAGAGCAUCCUGACUGGUUGCAUCACCGCCUGGUAUGGCAACUGCUUGGCCUCUGACCGCAAGGCACUACAGAGGGUAGUGCGUACGGCCCAGUACAUCACUGGGGCAAAGCUCCCUGCCAUCCAGGACCUCUAUACCAGGCGGUGUCAGAGGAAGGCCCUCAAAAUUGUCAAAGACUCCAGCCACCCUAGUCAUAGACUGUUCUCUCUGCUACCGCACGGCAAGCGGUACCGGAGUGCCAAGUCUAGGUCCAAAAGACUUCUCAACAGCUUCUACCCCCAAGCCAUAAGACUCCUGAACAGCUAAUCAUGGCUACCCGGACUAUUUGCACUGCCCCCCCCACCCCAUCCUUUUUACGCUGCUGCUACUCUGUUAAGUAAGUAUUUAUGCAUAGUCACUUUAACUCUACCCACAUGUACAUAUUACCUCAACUACCUCAACUAGCCGGUGCCCCCGCACAUUGACUCUGCAACGGUACCCCCCUGUAUAUAUAGCCUCCCUACUGUCACUUUAUUUUACUGUAUAUAUAGCCUCCCUACUGUCACUUUAUUUUACUUCUGCUCUUUUUUUCUCAACACUUUUUUUGUUGUUGUUUUAUUCUUACUUUUUUGUUUAAAAUAAAUGCACUGUUGGUUAAGGGCUGUAAGUAAGCAUUUCACUGUAAUGUCUGCACCUGUUGUAUUCGGCGCAUGUGACCAAUAAAAUUUGAUUUGAAACAUCAUUCUUUGGGGAUGCUUUUCUGCAAAGGGGACAGGACGAUUGAGGGGAGGAUGGAUGGGGCCAUGUAUCGCGAGAUCUUGGCCAACAACCUCCUUCCCUCAGUAAGAGCAUUGAAGAUGGGUCGUGGCUGGGUCUUCCAGCAUGACAACGACCCGAAACACACAGCCAGGGCAACUAAGGAGUGGCUCCGUAAGAAGCAUCUCAAGGUCCUGGAGUGGCCUAGCCAGUCUCCAGACCUGAACCCAAUAGAACAUUUUUGGAGGGAGCUGAAAGUCCGUAUUGCCCAGCGACAGCCCCGAAACCUGAAGGAUCUGGAGAAGGUCUGUAUGGAGGAAUGGGCCCAAAUCCCUGCUGCUGUGUGUGCUAACCUGGUCAAGACCUACAGGAAACGUAUGAUCUCUGUAAUUGCAAACAAAGGUUUCUGUACCAAAUAUUAAGUUCUGCUUUUCUGAUGUAUCAAAUACUUAUGUAAUGCAAUAAAAUGCAAAUUAAUUACUUAAAAAUCAUACAAUGUGAUUUUCUGGAUUUUUGUUUUAGAUUCCGUCUCUCACAGUUGAAGUGUACCUAUGAUCAAAAAUUACAGACCUCUACAUGCUUUGUAAGUAGGAAAGCCUGCAAAAUCGGCAGUGUAUCAAAUACUUGUUCUCCCCACUGUAUGUGUUUUAGUGUAUGUAUGACUCAUUUAAUGUUGUCCCAUGUUCCCAUAGAUGGCAUUGUGAGCUACAUGAUGAAACAGGCAGGUCCCAGUUCCGUUCCUCUGCACAAUGAGGGAGACCUGGAUGCAUUCAUCAACAAUUUUGAAGCCAGUGUGGUUGGUGAGUUCACUUCAUUAAUCACAGCAAAUUAGAGAUCCUUUAGUGUAUUGAAAUAAAACAAUUGCAUGAUUAUUUGUAUUUUAUGUAUAUUUUUUGUGAACUAUUUGAGUGACUUAUUCUCCCGCCCUGCUGUCAGGUUUUUUCUCAGGUGCUGACAGCUCUCAGCUGGCUGUGUUUCUGAAGGCGUCUAGUGCCAUGAGAGACAGCCACCGCUUUGCCCAUACUGCAGACCUGAGCCUGGGCCGCAAACAUGGCGUGGAAUCAGAGUAUGUGCUGUAGCUCCCCUUACAUAUAAUCCCACCUGGGUUCUGAACCUUCAGCCCUAUGAAGGCACAUUAGUUGGAUAUGACAUCAUAGACAUUGCCAAGUAGUGGUACCUUAUAAUGAUGUCCACUCUCCUCUUGUGUGUCUCUUAACCAGCACGGUGGUGCUCUUCCGGCCCCCACGACUCAACAGCAAGUUUGAGGACAGCGUGGUGAAGUCUGAUGAGGCUGUAUCGACCGCCUCUCUCCGUCAAUUCAUCAGAGGUAAUGUGUUUGGGCUGUGCCCCCAUCUGACUGCUGAGAACAGAGACAACAUGAGGGGACGUGACUUGCUGGUGGCCUACUACGACGUGGAUUACCUCCGCAACAUCAAGGGCACCAACUACUGGAGGAACAGGUGAGAGCUGCUCUCCUCAGAAUAAGAAUCACCUUUAUUCGCCAAUUACAUUUACACAUACCUAGAAUUUGACUCAGUGAAAUGGUGCUGCCAUCUAUAGACAAUGUACAGGCAGAGGAAUUUGCACAAAGUCUACAUACAAUAUAAAUACAGUAAGCAUAGAACUCUACAGUAUAAGAUGAUUUACAGUGAGGAUAUACAAUUUACAGUAGGAAUUUAUCAAUAUAUGCACAGGGAGGGAUGCUACCGUGAUGUACGUGUGUGUGUGUAUAUAGUGUUGUGCAGAGGUGUACAAAGUGCAAUUGCAGUAUAGUGCGGUUAUAGGUUUUACAGAAUGAUGAUGGCAUGGUGCAAAGUCACUUAGUCCCUAUGAACCUGAUGGCCAGCUGGUGAGGGCCACAGCACGGGGAAAGAAACUGCUCUCACCUGAUACCCUCCUCUCUCUUUUUCUCUCUCCCUCACUCUUUCACUACCCCUUCUCUCUCUCUCUAGGGUGAUGAAAGUGGCCACUCAGUUCCAGUCUCAGGGGCUGAGCUAUGCUGUGGCCAACAGGGCUGAGUUCCAGGAUGAGCUGGAGGAGGAGUUUGGCCUAGGGCCGUCCGACGGGGGAGAGCUGCCUCUCAUCACCAUCAGGAACAGGGAUGGCCACAAGUACAGCAUGCAGGAGGAGUUCACGUGAGUUACAAUAACACAUGACCAUCACAGACCCUUCCUUACGCAGUCUGGCCAGCUGUCACACUGCUCAUCUGUCUGUCUGUUGCAGACGGGAUGGGAAAUCCCUGGAGAGGUUCUUGGAGGACUACUUUGCUGGUAAACUGAAGAGGCAGGUCAAGUCAGAGGCUGCCCCCGAAAACAACGACGGCCCAGUCAAGGUGUGCGGAAUAGAACCAACAAUAGUUUGCCGCUUUCAAAGAUGAUAGGAAGACAUUUAAACAAAACCCUUUUGCCUCUGCAGGUGGUGGUGGCGGACAACUUUGAGGAGAUAGUGAACAACCCUUCCAAGGACGUGCUGGUGGAGUUUUAUGCACCCUGGUGUGGCCACUGCAAAAGCCUGGAGCCCAAAUACACAGAGCUUGGGGAACAGGUGAGGUUCACAUCUGAAAGUGUUGCUUACCUGGUUUUGAAAGUUACAAACCAUCAUCCAUAUGCUCAUUAUUUUGAAAUAAAUGUUACUUCAUUACAGCUGUCCACUGACAACAACAUUGUUAUAGCAAAGAUGGAUGCCACUGCUAAUGACGUUCCUCCAACCUACGAUGUCCAGGGGUACUUCUUCUUAUGUAGUUUGAUUUUGUCUAUUUCAAGUCACUACUCUGUAAUCUGCUAUUUUCAUCUCAUCUGCUGUUGUCCUCCUUCCCAGUUUCCCCACUAUUUUCUUCGUCCCAGCAGGACAGAAGGACCAACCUCGGAAAUACGAGGUGAGGCUACAACACCACCUUUCCUCCUCCAAAGGACAUGGAUGAAGUAACACUUAAUGCUCUGUAAUCAAUAUUCUGAUACAUUCCUUCACUGCUUUAACCAUCCGUAUCUGUCAAUAGGGUGGCCGUGAGGUGAAUGAUUUCCUCAACUACCUGAAGGAGGCGGCCACACAUCCCCUUGUCCUGGGCACUGCCAGAGAAGACUUAUGAGAGUGCAAUGAAGAGAAAGAAAGAAAAAACCACAAGGGUGGACUGGCAAAGAAGCAGAAGACAUGAACUAUAAGGAAAAAAAGGAGCCACCCAUUGCAACACACAGUUUCAGACCAUAAGAUCUCCUUUGGUUUUCUGUGCCACACCAGCAACACUGAAUACUCAUAACAUAGAGGACUUCUAAAUUAAACAAUCAGCAGUUUUUUCCAUGGAGCUUCAAAAGAGUAAUGUUCUCAAUGUGAGAGGAUGGAACAUCUGCAAGCACAGUAAUAGGCAGCACGUGCAGAUUGGCUUUGCAGUUAAACUGGUGACUUGGUGGUUGCUAGAAAUAUUCCCAAGAUAGGCAUACUAGUGUAGCGUCUUUGACUCUGAGUAAGGAAAAAUUAUGUGCAACAGUUUUUGCAAAGAUGCUUAUGGGUACAAAGACAAAAGUGUCUGCUAAGCAAUUAGAUAAAAAUGGAAUCAAAUAUCUGAUACAGGGGCCUCCUCGAUCCCGGGCUGUAUCACAAC